AUGUCGAAGAAGAGAGAGGACUUGAUCGUGCCCUACGUGCACCACCCGGCCAAGCCCAGAGGUGAGGCGCUGGCGGUGAUUGCCCAAUCGUUGCCCAUGGCGGCGAUGUUCAUGCGCAACCGCAUGUUGUCGUGGACGGCCGUGCUUUUGGCGGUGCAAGCGUGGUUGAACGAGCCCCGCCACAAGGUCGAGAGCAACGACUCCAAGCAGCAGCCGGCGAUCUUGCGGGUGACUUUUGCCAUCAUGUCGUUGUUGAUGUGCUACGCCGAGCUUGUGUUCCCGUCGAUGCUGACGAUGGCGCGUCAAGAGCAGAUGAUGAAGAAGGCGGCGGAACGGGCGGCGGAACGGGCGGCGGAGCUGGCGGCGCUGUCAGCGUCGACGGUGGCGGAAACGGUGGUGUCGUCGGUGUCGCUGGCGGUGGAAACUGCCACCCAAAAGGGGUGGUGGCCUUUGUAA